GCGGGAGGUUGGGCCCUGUUCCACGCACUGACUGAAGCUGCUCUGCAAUCAUGGUGUCAGUCCUGCCCACAGAAGAGGGCAAUGUGGCAGUGGUGGUGCGGGUACGGCCCCAGACUCAGCAGGAGCAGGAAGGGAGUCGACACGCUAUGGUGCAGGUGAUUGAUGACAGCAUGUUGGUGUUUGACCCUGAGGAACCCUGUCUAUCGGGAGUUUUUACAGGCUUCCGGGGACAUGAUGCCCCCAAGCGCAGGGGCAAGGACCUGAAAUUUGUGUUUGACAAAGUGUUUGGUGAGAGUGCUACACAGGAGGAAGUAUUCCAGCACACAACUAAGGAGCUCCUGGAUGGGGUGCUGAAUGGAUACAACUGCUCUGUGUUCGCCUAUGGUGCAACAGGUGCAGGAAAAACCUACACCAUGCUGGGUUCUGAGAAGAGUCCAGGCAUCAUGUACCUCACCAUGGUGGAGCUUUAUAAGAGGAUUGAGGAGAGGAAGGAAGAGAAAAGCUGCGAGGUGCUCAUCUCCUACCAGGAGGUGUACAAUGAGCAGAUUCAUGACCUCCUGGAGUCGAAAGGCCCUCUAGCAAUCCGGGAGGACCCAGAGAAAGGGGUAGUCGUACAGGGUCUCUCAUUCCAUCAGCCAAAAUCAGCAGAGCAGCUCCUGGAGAUACUGGCAAGUGGGAACAGAAACCGCACACAGCACCCCACAGAUGCCAAUGCUACUUCCUCACGCUCACACGCGGUCUUCCAGAUCUAUGUGAAGCAGCAGGACCGUGUCGUUGGCAUCACUCAGGAUGUGCAGGUGGCCAAGAUGAGCCUGAUAGACCUCGCAGGCUCGGAGCGAGCAUCAACCACCAACACAAAGGGAGAGCGGCUCCGAGAGGGCGCCAACAUCAACCGUUCACUGCUGGCCCUGAUUAACGUCAUCAACGCCCUGGCUGAUGCAAAGAGCAGGAAGUCCCACAUCCCAUACAGGGACAGUAAGCUCACACGCCUGCUGAAGGAUUCUCUUGGGGGCAACUGCCGGACCAUCAUGAUUGCUGCCAUCAGCCCGUCUGCACUCGCCUAUGAGGACACCUACAACACACUCAAGUAUGCCAAUCGGGCCAAGGAGAUCAAGCUGUCGCUGAAGAGUAACGUGCUGAGCCUGGACUGCCACAUCACUAAAUAUGCAGCUAUCUGUGAACAGCUGAAAGCAGAGGUGGCAAAUCUGCGAGAGAAGCUCCAAGCUUAUGAGAGAAAUGCCCAGGAUCCAGACCACCAGGUUCCAGGUCCUCAGGCACAGUCUAGCCCUUGGCAGGUGGAGCUGCUCAGGUUAGCAGAGGCUGCACAGGUGUCUCCAGAUCAUGAAGUCCCUGAUAAGGGUAACCAGGAAAUGGUGAUACAGCAGCAGGAAUGGAAAGUGAGACCCCCCUUUCAGCAACAGGACCUGGGAGCAGUGGAACAGGCGUCGGAGAAGGAUCUUCGUGACCAUGACACAGACCUUCAGCAGAAAACCAACAAACCAAGCUUUCUGCUACAGGGAGUGCCCCAGGAUCAGACCCAGAGGCUGGUCAUUGCUGUCCUGCAUGUUGCACAAAGGCAGUACUCUCUGCUGAAGGCUGCCAACCUCCUAACCCCUGACAUGGUCUCAGAGUUUGAGGAACUGGAAUACCUGGUGCAAAGAGAAACCGGUAGGAGUCAAGAGCCAGCUGGGACUCUGAGCAGAUUCGAGGUGACCAGUGAAAGCAUCCCAGCCCAAGAGGAGCAGCAGCACUCGGAUAAUGUGGUGCUAUUGGCCACCAGGCUGCAGGAUGCGCCUGCCACAGAACGUGCUGUCCCGAUGACGAGGGCUGUGACGCGGUCCUCGCAGGAGCUUGUGUUGGUCCCUAGUCCCUCAGCCAAGACUCCCAGCCUGCUGACGAAGAAGAGGAGGAGGUCGGAUAUGAGCAGCCCAUCCAAAACAGGAACUCCUGCCACGCCAAACCUGCAGGCGAAGCGCCAGCGGAAAUCUUCCCUUCCUGGCCAGCGAAGGCGAAGGGGCUCCGCAAAUGAAUCAGCUGCUCCUCCAGUGACAGUCAGUCACAGCACCCCCAUUGUUAAGGGAGCUAAACCUUCUCAGCCAGUGCCUUAUUGCAUCCCCAAACCCUGCCCAACAACAGUCACCAAAAGCCGGGUGCCCCUGACAACAUCUGCUGCCCAAAACUGCUGCACUCCAGCUACGCUGACCGUCCGAGACCUGAAUCUAACCUUUGACCUUGCUGAGGACAGCUGUUCAUCUGGUGUGGACAAUCCUGUGAAAUUCAGUGCCCUGGAGUUCUCUGGCUGGGAGAAUGUCCAGUGCGUCUUAAAAAAGCCCGAAGGUUCCUUCAUGCCCAGAGCCUCCAUGCCCGUGUUCACCAUGAAGGGCUCCUCCAUCCCACCCGGCAGCAUCCCGAAGCCAUCCUCCUUGGUCUGCAAAGCAAUGGGACAGAAGAGAAGGCGUUCGGUGAGCACUGCCUCCCGCUCGCUGGGGGGGCUGCGGAGCCAGAGCCGAAUUGCCAGGCUCCAGAGCAGCACUGCGAAGUCCUUGCAGACCCCAGGUAUCCCAGAGCGGCCUCCCUGCACUCUGGGCAAGAGGGGCAGAGCAGAGCUAGAAGCAGCUGGUGGGAAAAUGCUGGCUGCACCCAGGUCCCAGGCCAUGAAGCUUUUCUGCUGAAGUGUCCUUGGACUCCAGGGUCAUCGACGCAGGGGCCGCUUGGCUGUUUUAGCUUAGCGCUGCCUGCCAGACCAGGCCU